AUGGCCGCAGCUAGUGCGCGGGCACAAAAGCCCGUCGGCUCUGCCGCAUGGAUCGCGGCGGAGAAGGAGAACAUGACGGAGCUGCUUGAACAAGAAAUGGAAGAGGUGGAAUAUCCCGUUCGACACGAAAUGGAAUGGUUGAACGAACACAUGACGGAGAUCUUCUCCAAGGGCCAAGCAAACUUUACGGAUGUAUUCAAAACCCCUGGAAAGAUGAGGGGCAAGACUCCUCGCACAGCCCGAAAGCGAAAUGUGGAAGAGAACCGAGUGCCGCUGAGCGAGAUCUUCUCAUCUGCUCAUAAACAAACGGAGAACAAGGCGAUCAGUCCCAGUCCAUUCAUUCACCGCGUGGUCUCGAAAACCACCUCCGCGGCUCCGGGCCCGGUUACAACAUUAGCCACCCCUCGCUUGAAUCAAGCAGAGAAGACGCCACAACCUCAAUAUCCAGAUCUCAGCCAAAACCUGAAUUCUUUCACGAAGUAUAAUACAGACUCGGGCUAUCAUGGCAUGGAGGAUGACGACGAAAUGGUUUUGCCAGACACUCAACCAGACACACAGGUCUCCUCCACACAACCUUUGGAGGCAGGCGAGCCCAUGGAAACGAAUACCCACGUCGACCACUCUAUCAGAGAGCAAACGGCAGAUGACUCCUUCCACUCUGCACAGGAGAAUGUUCGAGCUCGCGAAGAGACUAUCGAGCCGAUAAAUAGGGAUUUGACCCCGCGACAAGAGCGUGUUACCCGUUCCAAGGAGGCCAAGCCCAAAUAUGCUGAGCCCCUCAUGAAUACCCCUACAGUUAAGGCGCAGCCAAAUUCAAAGCAAGAAGAGAAGAUGGCGGUACAGCAGAAGAGCAAGGCACAGAAGGUUGACGAGCUGACUGCAAAUGCCAAGGCUUCAUCAGAGAAGAUCCCAACUAUUGAGCCUUCCAAUGCGCAGCAACCCCAGAAUGAUGACGUGGAGAUGGAAGAGCCAGCAAAGGAAGACACCACUCUUGACGACAUUGACGAUAUUGACGAUAUCGGAUCUCCCUCGGACGGUUCCACUCCCGAACGGCUUCCAGUACGCAAGAGCAGUCUGAGUUUCGCCUCUCUCCCUGCGCGGGAACCUCUUACAAAGACUAUGGGAGGCUCGAGACUCUCUCGUACUAGUCACAUCGACCUUCCCAAGCUCAGCAAUGGAAAUCGCCUUAGCUAUUUCGGCCGCCAAACUGGAGGCCACCGAACAGCUCAGGCCACAUCCGAUGACAAUGUGGCCGAAACCGGUACUAUGGACGUCGACGAUGCAAAAGAACAGAAAGACGACACUGAAAUGGAUCAAGCGAGCAAGGUUCACGACAAGAAGUCUACCCAAAGCCUUCAUGAAAGGAUCAGCAUGCUCGGUAAACAGCAUGCCUCUCGGACCGGAAAGUCGAUCCCAUCCGUGGUUAGUUUGUCUAAUGGCCAUACUGCUAGCCAGGUGGCCUAUCCAGAUUUGCAAGCCUCCAAGGCAGAGACCAAGCAAGAAUAUAGCCAAAAGACAACAGAGGCUGUGCUUUCCGAACCAACAGCAGGCGAUGAGGACGAUUGGAUCAAGCCUUUGGGCUCACCCAGCCAACCAACCCUUUCAAGGAGCAAGACGACAGAAGUUAUGGAGAAACUAUUUGAUGUGGAUCGUGUCCCAUCGGCUGAGAAGAAAGAUGCUUCAUUUGGAAAAUUACAGCGUUCUGCCCAGCCAGAGCGUCCGAAGACCGCAACUUCAAUUUUCUCAUCCCCUCGUCCACAUGGUCACCAGCAAAGCGCAUCUACGUCUCAUAUUGCUACUGGUGCCUCCACCACCCCUACUGGGUCUCCUAGACGCUUCGACGGGCCGCUGAGUGCAUCAAAGAUGAGACUUCAAUCGAUCAUGAAGUCUGCUAAGGGCUUGUUCUCCAGCACCGGUAGCCCAGGGCGAGGGGACACCUCAAGUCCCGAGCAGCUGAGGACUCGACCUGGGAGCGCUGUGGUCGGUGGUAAGCAUGAUCAUGAGGAACCCCAACCACGCCAGAUCUCUAGUCCGCCACGACAAGAGACCCGACGGACACGAAGCUCUACCGAGAAGGAAGAGAAGCGCCUGCAAAAGGAACGCGAGGAUCGCGAGGAGCGUGAGGAGCGUGAGGAGCGCCAACAAGAAGAAGCACGGCAGGAGAGAGCCCGGGAGCAGGAAAAACUGCGGGCUCAGCAACUGAGGGCGGUUCAAGACAAGUCGUCCAUCGAGCCUGAGGAGCGCACAUCCCAGAAGUCGACCCAGCCUCAGCGACAACAGCCUCGUAGGCCUGACUCAGCCCAAGAGACGUCCAAACUCUCUAUUCCUCAGCUCAAGCAAAACGAUCGACGUCCCAAACCGACUCGUGAGCCAGUCCAGAAGCCCGAGCCCCAGCCGGUCUCAAUUCGUGUGGGGAGUACACUUUCUCGUAUGCCAAUGCCCUCGUCUUCAGUCUCCAACAUUCAGGAGACAAGUGCUCCCGCUCCUGCUCCUAUUUCCAAGACAAAUGUGAAGAAGGUUAGCAACCAGUCACUUCAAACGUCUUCCUCUGUAGGUAGCUUCAAGAGCACCGCUUCCAGUCAAACACAAGCGCAGCGAAAGGCCCAGCUCGCAAGUGAACGAAAGAGGGAGCAGGAGGAACGUCGGAAGGAGGAGCAAAAGCGUGAGCAGGAACGCAAACGUGCUGCCCAGCAACAACAAGAAGAGGCCCGUCGGCAAGAGAUGCGCAGUCGUGCUGAGAGUCGUGCCGAGAGCCGUGCCGAAGCUGAGCGAGAGCGUCGGGAGCGAUCCGCUCAGGAAGACCCCAAGAAGGCUGCUCAGAUGCAAGCGAUUGAGAAAAGACGACUGGAGAAUGCUCGGAAGCACGAGAGGCAGGGCAGCCAGCAGCCCACUAAUGAGGGUCCGAUGUUGCAGCACGAAAGGGCGCCUUCGCAGUCUCAACGGAAUGAUCUUGGAGCGACCAGGCCCGCAUCUCGCUUGGGUUCAACCCAGCAGUAUCGACCAAUCAACCCGCCAGCUCCUAAUCCAGCCAAGCCGCCCAAGAGACUCCACGAUGAAGAUGCAGGUCAUCGUCCUGCUGUCGUCAAGCCUAGUAACGUACAGGCUUCUGGCGAGGUCAAACGACGCAAAACAGAAGAUGAACACAACGCUAUGCAGUCGGUGCGGCCUUCGAUGCAUCCGCCAAUCCGCCAGUCUGGUGCUCGCAAGCCCCCCUCCAUGUUUGGGCUCUCUGGUAUGGGACAGCCACCAAAGUAUGGCCAGCCUCAGCGGCCCGGAGAUCUAUCCAAGUUCGCGUCCGGUAAGAUUCCGUUCGCCGAGCCAACCCACGCACCGCCACCUACGCAAAAGCCUACGCCUAGCUCUGCUCAGCGACCCCCGCCCGUGGCCAAGCCAUCGCCGAAAUAUCCUAAGGGUGAGAACAUUCACCUGCCUGAAAUUGCCACAGAUAGCGAGGACGAGGACGACUCUGACUCUGAGAUGUUCCCCGUUCCUGGGUGGGCCCAGCCCAAGGCUCUGGAUGAAAUCCUACGCGUGCAGGACGGAAUGGAAGUCGAUUCGAUCUUCGGUCCCAUCGCUCCCUUCUCCUUGGAGGAUACUUUCAAGGCGGACAAGAAGAUCAAGAAAUACCGCGAUCGCACUAGCAGUGCCAACUGGAACGGACCGGACGGACUUACCCAGGAAGAGAUUCGGAAAGAUGUUGCAGAGCGGCAACGGUUGCGCCUCAAUGGCGGAUGGUCCUUCGAUAGGUAG